AUCGUUAUCACCACGGGUUCGCCCAGCUACGACGCGACCGCAUCAACAUUACGCUCCUGGUGGCUCUUCGAUAUAGACCCAGUCUCGAGUAUAUACAUCACCUUGCGGAGCUUACAGAGCCAGAAUCACACCUUGAACUUCCGGACCGCCUUAUAGCAACGCAUUUUCCACUUCCUCUGGGCUUGCAUCCCUUCCACCUCCCACUUCGUCUCGUUCAACAUCUCUCUGGGCCAACAUGGACGCCAAGUUACAAAAGCUAAAGGUUGCCGAGCUGAAAGAAUUGUUGAGCAAACACAACCUCCCGCAGACAGGCAAGAAGGAUGAACUGGUCAAGAGACUGGUAGAGAACAAUAUCUCAACAGAGGAAGGGGACGAAGAGCUGCUUGAUCCGGAUGAUGUUGAAACCGACCAAGCAACUGCGCCAACGUCCUCCGCUGUACCAGCCGCCUCGACUUUAACUUCGGCUGGGGAGAUGCCGGAAAAAUCGACAGACCCGACGAAUGGCUCAUCCGUCGAGUUGACACCGGAACAACAAGCUAUGAAAGCUCGAGCCGAGAGGUUCGGAAUGCCGUACAACCCCAACGCCUCCAGUCGCUCAGGUCAGAAAUCAGGCAGCGGUUCGGAGAAGGCAACUGCCCAGCAACCGCAUACACCGGCAUCCAGCUCGACCUCACAGGCUCAAAAGGCUGGACCAAUCGAUAAAGCCCCUCUUGGAGUAUCGGAAGAGACUCUGGCGAAACGAGCUGCCAAAUUUGGAUUACCAGAGAAGACGAGCGCUGCUGCAACUGCUCCUGCUGCCGAGUCGCGAACGAAGGCUGCCUCUACCCCCGCCCCUCCCAAAGCUGAAGCUGAGAUGACACCAGAGCUCAAAGAAAAGAUUGCCAUUGAAGAAGAAAAGAAGAGAAAACGAGCCGAAAAGUUUGGUACUGCCCAGCCAACCAAUGGUACAGCCGCAGAGCCUGAUGCCAAAAAGACAAAGGUCUAGGUGAGUUUUAAAGCCAUCCUGUAUUUGUAUCUGUGGGCUGCGCAAAAGGGAAAAGACAUGCCCAUCACGGUCAUGCAUCUCGUUGACUCUCGUUCUA